AGGGCGCCGGGCCGAGUGUCCUCGGCGGUUGGCUGGCCUGAAGCCGUGACAGCUGCAGUUGCUCCCCGCCCCCCGAGGAGCCGAGGUGCGUGGGGGGAGGGGACGGAGCCCGAGGCCCAGGUCGCGUUUCCGCUCUCUGCUGGCCCGGGAGCUGCGAGCGGGCGAAUCCUCGACGUGCGAGCAGCCGGGCUCCCCGCAGACAGGGAUGUCUGACUGCAGCAAUGACACUGCAACACUUGAUGCAUCUAAACCAGCCGCAGAAGAAGUCAAGGCGGUUUCCGAGGAGUCUACCAUGGCCCAGGACUCUCCAAAAAAUUCGGCAGCAGAAAUCCCAGUGACUAGUAAUGGAGAACUGGAUGACUCUCACGAACAUGGCUUUAAUAGGGAUAUGAAGCGUUCAUUGCCAGCUGGACUUGGUCUCUCAGAAACCCAGAUGACAACUCAUGGCUUUGACAGUACCAAAGAGGGGGUUGUUGAAGCAGGAGCAUCGCAAGGUUCCCCAGCUCCACCCGUUCUGUCUCCUAGCAGGGUCGCAGCUAGUCAACUGGCUCCACAAGGAACUGAUUUAAUUGUUCCUGCAGGUGGCCAGAAAACACAGACAAAAAGUGGACCAGUUAUUCUAGCAGAUGAAAUUAAAAAUCCUGCAAUGGAAAAGUUAGAACUUGUUAGAAAAUGGAGUCUAAACACUUAUAAGUGCACGCGACAGAUUAUCUCCGAGAAGCUAGGCCGAGGGUCCAGAACUGUGGACCUUGAACUCGAAGCUCAGAUUGACAUAUUGAGAGAUAACAAGAAGAAAUACGAGAAUGUCCUCCGGCUGGCACAGACCUUGUCGACCCAGCUCUUCCAGAUGGUGCACACGCAGCGGCAGCUCGGGGACGCCUUCGCUGACCUGAGUUUGAAAUCCCUGGAGCUCCACGAGGAAUUUGGCUAUAACGCAGAUACCCAGAAGCUGCUGGCUAAAAAUGGAGAGACACUUCUUGGCGCCAUUAAUUUUUUCAUUGCUAGUGUGAACACUUUGGUGAAUAAAACUAUUGAAGAUACAUUAAUGACUGUGAAACAGUAUGAAAGUGCCAGGAUCGAAUAUGACGCCUACCGCACUGAUUUGGAAGAACUGAAUCUUGGACCACGAGAUGCAAACACGCUGCCAAAGAUUGAGCAGUCACAGCUUCUGUUCCAGGCACACAAGGAAAAAUACGACAAAAUGCGCAACGAUGUCUCUGUCAAGUUGAAAUUUUUAGAAGAAAAUAAGGUGAAAGUGUUGCACAAUCAGCUGGUCCUUUUCCACAAUGCCAUUGCCGCUUACUUUGCCGGAAAUCAGAAGCAGCUGGAGCAGACGCUGAAACAGUUCCACAUCAAAUUGAAAAGCCCCGGUGUGGAUGCCCCCUCGUGGCUCGAAGAACAGUAAAGCUGCACCUGGCGGAGCCGACCGGCACCUUGUUGUCUUCCCCAGUGAGGGUUAAGCAGAGUGGGGGGGGGGUCAGGGUGAGAACCACCGUAGUGAUUCUUGCACAAACAGCUUUAAUUUUUUUUUCCCUGUUUUUCAUACUUUUAACAAUUGAACUGUUUCCAUUUGCGGGGAUGGUGGGUGGCUUUCAUUGUGAACAUAAUUUCUACGAUACGAACACAGUAAUUUUCCCUUUUGAGAAAUCCUUUUGUACCAUGAGGGUUGGUGGCUCUUUCUGACGUCAUUUGAAACCAUCAAAUAUACCCAUUUGCACUGACCAGAUAAAUAUUCAAGGUUUUGGCCUGCCGGAAAUGAGGGCCAGUUGUAACUUUUCACAUGGCAAGGUUUAUAUGAUUUGUAUCAACAUCAGAUAUUUUAUAAGGAAUAUAUUAAACAUUCUUAAAGUCAUUUUCAUGUAUUGUCUUAAGCAAGGAAGCUAUUUUGCCACUGAGAAUUAAUUGUUCAGCGUUCCUGCAAGCAGUCAGCCAAAGGCGGCUAGUGGCAAAUAUCUUUUAAAACAGGGACUCUAGACUGUUGUCAUUUUGUUUAUCCUUUUAAGAUGUGGGAAUCACACUCAGUUUGGUGAGACUUCUAAACCCAGGAGUUUGUACCAGCAGCAUCACUCGGCAGCAGUUUCUUUUGAUUCAUAAUGAACUUGCUUCAGAGAUUUUUUUUUCUUUUUGGGGGGUUUGGUUUUGUUUUUAACAGGUGGACUGGGGAAUAGAAAUUCCCGUUGGUUUCUGAAGCAGAAAGCUGUGCUAAGAACACUAGUUUUGGGGUAAAUUCCAUUUGGAUAGAAGUGAAUUCUUAAGACAGCUUUCGUGGACUUCCUUCCAUGAGUAACAAUACCCGUUAAGCCUUAAAUCACAGAUAACGUGCCUUCUCAGAUACAGUAAUUCCCAAGCAACCAGUGUACAUAAUCCAUAAAGAAGCCCUUUGCAGAUAAUAUGGGAUGUGUUUGUUCCUUUCUUGGGAAGGAGCACUGUGUAUAAAUGUUGGGGUUCUUUGUACUCAUUAAACCGUACUUAAGGUUUGUGGUAAAAUCAACUUUUGCCCUUUGCUGUUAGGUUUUUCUUCAUUCCUUUUGUGGAAUGGGAAGACAGACGAAUUGCUUCUCUUGGGAGUGAAAAUGUUCUGGGGACAGCCUGGUGGGGCCUGAGGAAUGGCCAUGGCAAGGCUGCCCCCUCGAGUCACUCUGCUGUGUGGGUUUUUCUGUCCUGUGGUCCCGUCCAUGUGUCCGCUGUGUGGCUCCCGGUCACGACAUCCUCUUUCAGCGUAGGUCCUCUUGACUUUGGUCAUAGACAUACAUAAAUGAAUAUUUUGAGAGCUGUUGCUUCACCUGUUCGUGUCUUUUGUGUUGAAAUGAUGUGCUUAAAAUGACUGUUUUCCAUGAACUUUGUGGACUGUAAGAUUUGUUAUAUAUGUUCAAAUGCCUUUAGCUGGCUUUUUAAUCCAUCUGUUUCUAAUGCUUAAUACAAUGUAAUGUGAUUGUAAAUCAGAUACCUAUUUUAAAUCAUUCCUCCUGUAUAUUUGUACUCUGAGAGAGCCUUAUUUUAUUCUCCCAGCAGAAUUACUACUUGUGAUAGUGCAUUUACAUCCCCAGAACGUGCCUCUGGUGUGAGUUUUGUAUCUUAUUAAAAGUGUUUGCUGCGGUA